CCCACACACGGACCUCCCUCCAUGCCGGAGUGAUGCGGCAGUCGGCGGUCUGCGGGUGAAGGAGGGCAGCCUGCGGACUCUCGUGGUGCGGAGGCGUCGCUGAAUAGGAGCUCCGUGAAAGGGGGACAAACGGCACAGGAGUCCGAUCGUGGGAGAGAGGUCUUCGGUCCGUCCGGGCAAUUCUUGGCGUACAAAAGGACCGAGGAGCAGGGGGAUUCACCAUGCACCGAAUAACGGGAAAAUCAGGCGGGGACAGUUUGAUUGAGAUGAGUCCUACCGACUCAUUCAAUGAUGGCUACACCCAACAUGCCUCGUGCAGCACAGGAUCGAUCCAGGACGACCAACCACCGAUUGACAAACAACAACAGAGCAAAGACUCUGUGUUCUUCAGAGAUGGAGUGCGUAUGAUUGAUUUUGUCCUGUCCUAUGUUGAAGAUAAAGAUGGUGAGAGAAAACAGGAGAGGAGGAGGCUGUAUGAAGCCAAUCUGGUGAAUGUUGGCCUGGAGCUGGAGACGGAAGAUAAAUCUGAGUCAGAGGAUGGAAAGACCUAUUUUGUGAAGAUCCACGCCCCGUGGGAGGUGUUGGCCACCUAUGCAGAUGUGCUGAAGGUUAAGGUCCCUUUCAAGGCCAACGACAUCGCAGACAACAGCGAGAUGCCGAUGAACUGGCUGUCCACCCCGUUCCGUCUGCCGGAGCACAUCAUGCACCCCGAGCCAGACUAUUUCACAGCUCCCUUCGACAAGAGCAAGUCGGACUUCUUCCUCAUCGACGACAAGGAGACGUUCUUCUCGCCCUCUACUCGCAACAGAAUAGUCUACUACAUCCUGUCCCGCUGCUCUUACUACAGGGACGAGUGUGGAGAUAGAGACAAGAAGGGGAUUAAGAGGUUACUCAACAACAGCACCUACACGGCUGCCUUCCCCCUGCAUGAUAGUAGAUACUGGACAAGAUCGAGGGAUGCGAACCGAGAAAGUGACAGAUACAACCUCCACAAACACUGGGCCCGGUUCUUCUGUUUCUUCAAAGAGCAGCCCCUCAAUCUUAUAAGGAAGUAUUAUGGGGAGAAGAUAGGGAUUUAUUUUGCCUGGCUGGGCUUCUACACUGAGAUGCUGCUGUUCGCUGCAAUUGUUGGGACAAUUUGUUUCAUCUAUGGAUUCCUCACUUACGACGACAACGAGUGGAGUAAGGAAAUAUGUAGCGAGGAGGUCGGAGGGAAUAUUGUCAUGUGCCCACUGUGUGAUAAGAAAUGUGGCUACUGGAAACUCAACACAACAUGCAACUCCUCAUGGCAAUCGCACCUAUUUGACAACGUAGGAACAGUGUUUUUCGCCAUAUUUAUGGGGAUUUGGGUGACGCUGUUUCUGGAGUUCUGGAAGAGGCGGCAGGCUCGUCUCGAGUACGAAUGGGAUCUGGUCGACUUUGAGGAGGAACAACAGCAGCUUCAGCUUCGGCCAGAGUAUGAAACCAAGUGCACCAACCGCAAGCUGAACCGCAUCACUCAGGAAAUGGAGUGGGUUCUUCACAGGACUUUUACAGAUUUAAUGGGCAAGUUGUUGCUGUGCUGGGCCACAGUGAUUCUCUGGAUCUCAUUGAUCAUUGCCUGCAUCAUUGGGGUGAUCGCGUACCGCCUGGCGGUAUACGCAGCCUUCGCCAGCAUCAUGAAGGACAGUGCCACCACAAACCUGCAGGUGGUUGGCCCCUACAUCACGCCACAGCUGGCCACCUCUGUCACAGCUUCCUGUAUCAACUUUGUCAUCAUCAUGAUCCUCAACCUUAUGUAUGAGAAAGUGGCUGUUUGGAUCACUGACAUGGAGAUUCCCAAGACCCACCUGGAGUACGAGAACAAAUUGACGGUGAAGAUGUUCCUCUUCCAGUUUGUAAACUACUACUCCUCGUGCUUCUACGUGGCUUUCUUUAAGGGAAAGUUUGUCGGCUAUCCUGGCGAGUAUGCGUAUAUGUUUGGCAGCAAACUGAGGAAUGAAGAGUGUGACCCUGGUGGCUGUUUGAUUGAGUUGACCACCCAGCUGGUGAUAGUAAUGACUGGGAAACAGGUUUGGGGCAACAUCCAGGAGGCUCUGGUCCCGUGGCUGAUGAACUGGUGGGGCAGCAGGAAGGCACGAAACCACCCAGAGAGUCUGUACAGCCGCUGGGAGCAGGACCACGACCUGCAGGGCUUCGAUCAGCUGGGCCUCUUCGACGAGUACCUGGAAAUGGUCAUCCAGUUUGGGUUCAUCACACUGUUCGUGGCCUCCUUUCCACUGGCCCCCCUGCUGGCACUUAUCAACAACAUCAUCGAGGUCCGAGUGGAUGCCUGGAAACUCACUACUCAAUUCAGACGUCCCGUGGCAGCCAAGGCUCACAGCAUUGGAGCCUGGCAGGAAAUCCUCAAUGGGAUGGCUGUACUAUCUGUGGUCACAAAUGCGUUCAUUGUGGCCUUCACCUCUGAUAUGAUCCCUCGGCUUGUGUACAUGUACGCCUACCAGCCGGAAGGUGAGAUGAAUAUGAAAGGCUACAUAAACAACAGCCUGUCUGUGUUCAACAUCUCUGCGUUCCGCCUGGAAAACAAGCCUGACGACGAGGAGAGCCCGUCCUGGUUCAACAGCUCCAUCACUACCUGCAGAUACCGUGAUUACCGCUACCCUUCUGGUCAUGAGAAGGAGUACCACCACACAAUGCAGUUCUGGCAUAUUCUGGCUGCCAAGUUGGCUUUCAUCAUUAUUGUGGAGCAUGUUGUGUUUGUGGUCAAGUUCUUCGUGGCCUGGAUGAUUCCUGAUGUUCCCUCUGACGUGAGGGCACGCGUGAAGAGAGAGCGCUACCUGGUCCAGGAGUAUCUCCAUAACUACGAAGUGGAGAAACUGAAGAUCCAACUCAGCCAAAACGGCCACAAUGAUUGCACGUGCACGCCCAUGAUCUAUCCGUCUAUACCCAAACACGAGGUGCUGUCAGAGUGUCUCUAGCCCAGACGGCUGCUGGAGAUGGGAGGACAUGUAGGUGUUGAUCACCCUGCUUGUUUGUUUUGAUACUGACCACCACUUUGCUGUAGUGCCUGUGUUGUUUGUCUAGCACACUCACAAACACACAUAUUGGACUUUUAUUAGAGAGCUCGAGGUUUCCCCCCAAAUCAAAGCAUUUCCUCCUCUGCUAAUCUGCUGAUCGUAAAAAUGCACACUGGUGAAAGACCUGGUCUCUAUGCAUGCGGAAAAACAGGUAAUAUUUAUGUCUUUUCCACUCUGCGUCAGUUGUAACCAAAGUGCUGAUGAUAAUCCAUAUUUGCUGUAAGGAAAGAAAAAGACAAUUGUGUCCAAGCCAGAAAAUGUACUGUUGUAGUUUAAGUCUAUUUAUUUAAGUGCCACUGUGAGCAACCAAAGACUUGAAAUCUUACCACAUCCCACACGUAUCAUUGGUUCCACCUGCUAUUAGAAUAAUAGCAGGAAUGAAUCGUUUAGAAACUGAGAACUCACUUAUUUAGAGGGGUUUAAGCGUUAAAGUCUUGAGUUUUCGGUUUAGUAGUUGGUCUCGCUUUGUUUUUUUGUAUUCAGGUUAUUGCGCAGAACUAACACAAUUUCAAAGAUUGUGGUUCGUUGCCGACACUGGCGGGUUGCACUGCGCUUUAAUGCAAUAGCAGUCGACAUGUGAAGUAAAUCCGUGCAGCUGUUAGUACCCUGCAGGAGGGCAGAUUUUGUCCUGCAAUGGCCAGUUGUUGUGGCGCAGCACGUGGCGCAUGUCGCCUGUUGACAGGGAGGGAACAGAUCCCUUUUCAAUGUGCCUCUGGUCACCAACACCUCGCCACUAAUGAAAGCCUGCCCCUACCUACCAAACUAUGUUUGCUCCCUCACACAAAGCGCAUCAGCCAUCGUCGCUGCUUGUUUUCCUAAGCUGUGUGGAGGAAAGAAGCGCAUUCUCGUUUUUUUUAUUUUGCACCAGGCACUUAAUGAAACUUAACUACCAAGACAUGAAUAAGUCAGUGUAAUUGUUGUCAUGACUACAUAUUCAUAAUCUGUGUUUUGAAGCAGCAAAUUGUUAUAAUCUGUGUUCAUUCAACCAGAACCAGAGGUGUAUCGUCUGAAUUAUUAUUUAAGCCUUUUAAACAUGAAGGACAUUUAUUUUUUUGGGCUGCCUACAUAGGUGUUUUAAUGAAGAAUCUGUUAAAUAUAUGGCUGGCUGAGCUACACACUCAGGCCACUAAAUGUGUUGGAGAUGUAGACGUUACCAUGUAGCCGAGAGCAUGUUGAACUGUUUGUCUUUUACUUGCUCUUUACUUGCUCCGGUCUCUGCUGAACUCUGCCUUUUGAUGCCUUAAUACAUCGAAUAACUCAUGUUUUAUUUCCUUGUGUAUUUUGUAUAUUAUCUUAUUGUGCUUUAGUAAUAAAAUUUCCUUUUAUACCAUUACAAUGCUUGGAAAAAAUGUGAACUCGUUCACUACAGACAUUUUUAGUUGUGAGUUUUCAGCCAUUUGUUUCUGUAUUUCUUUGUAAAUGGUAUUAAAAUCUGUAUCAUCAACAAAGAGAAAACUCCAAAAUAAAGAACCAGUUAAUCUUGAGUAACU